CUCGUUUUUGACACGAGAAAUAACGAGACAGUGCGAGAAGGCCAUUUACGAUUCAACAUGGCCGUACAAAACAGUACAUCAAAAUUUAAUGAUAUUUACGAAUUAAAAGAAGAAUUAGGAAAGGGUGCUUUUUCAAUAGUGAGAAGAUGUGUUCAAAAAUCUACAGGCCUAGAAUUUGCAGCAAAAAUAAUAAACACAAAAAAAUUAUCAGCCAGAGACCAUCAAAAGUUAGAAAGAGAAGCUAGAAUAUGUAGAUUGUUAAAGCAUCCAAAUAUAGUACGACUACAUGACAGUAUACAAGAUGAUGGUUUCCACUAUUUAGUAUUUGAUUUAGUAACUGGUGGUGAAUUAUUUGAAGAUAUUGUAGCAAGAGAAUUUUAUAGUGAAGCUGAUGCAAGUCACUGCAUGCAACAGAUUUUAGAGAGUGUAAACUACUGUCAUAUGCACGGAAUUGUACAUCGAGAUUUGAAGCCUGAAAACCUGUUACUAGCAAGUAAAGCAAAGGGGGCAGCUGUAAAAUUAGCAGAUUUUGGACUGGCCAUAGAGGUGCAAGGGGACCAACAAGCAUGGUUUGGGUUUGCAGGCACCCCUGGUUACUUGUCACCAGAAGUUUUGCGCAAAGACCCAUAUGGGAAACCAGUAGAUGUAUGGGCAUGUGGUGUAAUAUUAUACAUUCUACUUGUGGGUUAUCCCCCUUUCUGGGAUGAGGAUCAGCACAGAUUGUAUGCUCAGAUUAAAGUAGGAGCUUAUGAUUACCCAUCACCAGAAUGGGACACAGUUACACCAGAAGCGAAAAACCUCAUAAAUAGUAUGCUGACGGUGAACCCAUCCAAGCGAAUCACAGCACAGGAAGCGCUCAAACACCCCUGGAUCUGUGAUUGGGACACAUUGCAACGUGAGCGUGUUGCUGCUGCUGUACAUAGGCAGGAGACUGUCGACUGCUUGAAGAAAUUCAAUGCACGUAGAAAACUCAAGGGUGCCAUCCUGACUACGAUGCUGGCAACCAGGAAUUUUUCAAGUAAUAUUGCUGCUCAAAAUCAGGCCCAGCAGGCCCAAGCCCAGGCACAAGCUCAGGCCCAAUUAGGGGCAGUUAAUCCCACCACUAUGGUCCCAAAUCCUCCAGGCUCUGUCCCAGUAAUGGCCGCUGGGGCAGCAUCAUUAGCAGCGGCCCUUAUGAAGGGUCACCAAGAUGGUAGACAGCAACAGCAACAACAACAACAAGCAGGCCGCAGUCUUAUGGUCAAGAAGAAUGAUGGCAUUAAAGAGUCCACCGACAGUAGUAACACCAUAGAGGAUGAUGCAAAAAAGAUUCCAAAUGGACCAAUGAAUGGGGCUAUCACACUGACAAGUUUACAGCUGGGUGAGGCCAUAGACUCAGGCAGUAGUAGUAGAAAACAGGAGGUGAUUAAGUUAACAGAACAGCUUAUAGCGGCCAUAACGAGCGGGGACUAUGAUGCCUACUCGAAGUUUGUAGAUCCAACAAUUACAUGUUUUGAGCCCGAGGCGAUGGGUAACCUUAUUGUAGGAAUGGAUUUCCACAAAUUCUACUUUGAUCAUGGUAAGGUGUUAUCCAAGAACAAUAAACCCGUGAAUACGAGUAUUUUGAACCCUACAGUUCACAUCCUAGGAGACGAUUCAGCUUGCAUUGCAUAUGUGAGGCUCACACAGUUCAUAGACAAAGAUGGUUUGCCAGUGACAAAGCAGAGUGAAGAGACCCGUGUGUGGCAGAGAAAAGACGGAAAGUGGCAAAAUGUUCACUUCCACAGGUCAGGAGACCCAUCAGCACCAAAUAAAUAGCCCAGUACACAAAAAUAUCAAUAGAUUGUCAACUUUUUUUUCCAAAUCAUGCCUGUAUUAGGGCAUUUUCUUUAUUCUGAUUAAUGUUUGCUCAUAUGUUGAGUAUGGAUGGGCUUUCUCUCCUUUUAAGUUGAAGAGCAUAGGAAGGGAGAUGACUGUGAUUUUACUGUUAGGUGUAUAAAGGGUUGCUUCCCUUUAUAGAAUGAGCUGGGAAGAGAUGAUUCUUGGGAUUCAAGAUUGUCCUCUUUAUCACGGCGGCUGCUGAUUGUUGGAGGGAUUAGAGAGCAUAGAAGUUGAAGACUGGACUUGCAUAUAGCAGAUUCAGAUUGGAGAAUGAAUAAGAUUUGAUUUUUUAUGCUUCUUUUCUUCUCAUUCUACAUGUAGGAGCAAUUUAUGCAUUGCUGCUAUUUUCAUAUCAUUAGAUCAUAGAGAGGCUGAUGGAAAGUUUUAUUUUUUCCCUUAGAUCUGAUGUUUGUGUCGAGUAUGUUUGCCUGUUGAUCAUUUGCACUAUUAUGUAAUCCCUUAUGAUGUAAAAAGAUGAAGUAAUUUUGGUGUAUUUGAUUAUAUUAUAAAUGGUGUAGUUAGUACUUUGAAACAUAAUCAGGAGUCAAUUUAAUGUAAGCAAAUCGGCCUUGACUAUAUUCUGUAGCCUUUCAACUCUAGCUUAUAGACUUUGCACUUUAAAUAAAUCAUAAAAUACUUACCAAGUGUGAAAAAAUAUUGUUGUGUAAAUUGAUAGAAAAAGACUUGCACAGAUUAUAAAACAUUCCCUUUUUAUGUUGUCUAAAUUAUGUAAGUUACAAGUAAAUAUAAUGCUGUUAUUGAGAUGAAAAUCACAGGAUCAUGUUGAAAAGGUUAUGUUGAAUUACAUAUUAUUUCUGGUGCUUGACUGCCAUGUAUUGUGUAAUGGGAGAAUGACAAAGUACACAAUUAUGUGUCUUGUAUAGUUGAGAGUUUGCUUUGAAAUUCAUAAAAUUCAUUUAUUCCUAAAAGAUGAUAUUAUAGUUCAUAAAUCACCUCGCCAGCAUUUUCAGUUCUCUUUUGAACAAGAAAUUGACUCCACAAUAGAAGAUAUUGUUAGGUAUCUGCAUUUACUUUUUGUCUUAAUAUCCUCUACAGAACAAUAGCAUGAUUGAUGGGUUUUGGUCUAAUAUCCAUAAUAGGAGAUAUGGACUGAUAUCAACAAUAUUGUCUUCGGCAAUAUAGGUUAUUGUUCAAUAUCUGUAAUAAAGGUUACUGUCUAAUAUUGCCAAUAGAUCAGAUGUCCACAGUAGGGUUAAUGUCCAAUACAAAGUUAUAAUCAACAAUAAGGGCUAUUUGUAUCUUCUUUUGGGAUUGUUGCCCAAUAUCCAUGAUAUGAUUAAAUAUCUGAUAUCCAUUUAGGUUCAGUAUCUGAUAUCCAUAUAGGGUCAGUAUCUGAUACCCAAAAAAGGUCCAUUUUCGAUAUCUAAAACGGAUAUUUGUCUGAUAUCCAAAAUCAGGUCCAUAGAUAUCCAAAAUGGGUCCAUUGUCUAAUAUCCGAGAUAGGGCUAUUAUCUGAUAUCCAUGAUAAAGGGUAUUCAAUAUAUGCAGUAGGGGUUAUUUUCUGAUGUAUAAAGUAUAGGCUAUUUUCUGAAAGUAAUAAUAGGGGCUAUUGUUUGAUAAUCAGCUAAUGCCAUAGUAGGGGCUUAAAUCCUCAUCAUUAUUCAUGCAUUAUACCAGAACAUGUCAUUGACCUUGAAUAGUCGUGUAUUAAUCAUUCAGUCUGUUCUGUAAGAUUAUUUUUUAAUCAGUUUGUAUGCACUUUUGCAAUAAAUCCAAACAUUUUGUUUUCAUUCAUGUACUGAUGGUGAAAAUGUCAUUUACUUGAAAUAAGUUGUUUCUAAAAAAAACUUUGUACUCAAAUACAAAUAAUUUUACAAACAUUUUGGUAAAAAAAGGUAUUAAGUCUUGAAUAAUGUGUAUGAAUGAGGGGGAAAGUUUAUGUAAAUCAAAAUGAGAAAGUUUUGUAUCAGGAAGUGGGCAUUCUAUACUUGUGAAUAUUAAAAAUCAUUAUAGGCUAUGCAAUUUAUAUUGUGUUUCUCAGCCUAUUUCUGUCAAAUACACAUAUAUAGUUUUCUCUAAUAUUCUCUAGAAUUGGAAUUAAGCUCUGUUUGAUCUGUUUUGUAAAGAAGCAAAUUUCUGAUAAACAUGUAAACCUUUCAGACCUGAUUACAUUAUUUCUGUCUAUAUAAGGUCGCCAGAAUUUUGUUCCAUUCACAAAGAAAUUUGUAUGCGGAUUUGUCUGGGAAACAUAACAUUUAUUGAUAUUGCCUUUUCUAUUUUUCUUUAUUAUUUUAGACAAUACUCCAUGUGCACAACUAUACAAAAAAUAAAAUAAAUCAUGCACUUUUUUAUUUUCUUGAAAUUGUAUGUCUUGCUUCCUUUAUAAAUUUUCAUUGUUAUUGAGUAUAAAUCCUGUUUUGUAAUUGUAUAGAUAGAUAUUUUGUUGCAUAUAGUUUUAGUAUUUAUUCACCUUAUAUAUGUAUAGCAAACAACAACUUGGUUAUAGUUACGUUAAUCUUAAGAGAUGUGUUUUUAUUUUAUAUUUUAUUUAAUCCAAUCCGGCAGCUUACUGCUAUAGAUAGCACAUUGUUGCAAUACAACUUACAUUGAACAAAUACAUCUGAAUCUGUUAAAACUUCUGAGAGAAAUCAUUUUUAUUUUCUUUUCAGCACUUCUUUGAAAUAAUAAAAAAAGGGAUGCAAAAGUUCUAAUGCAAUGGUAAAAUAGAUAAAUGACUACAAAUUUUACAGUUGAGAAGAAACAAUUUUUGAUGUGGCCAAUUCCAAGCCCUGAUGUUUUCUCGAACAUUAUAUUUCGACAGCUUUACCUGUCAAAGUGUUUUGAUUCAGCUUUUUGAGUAGUUAACUUUUUAUACCUUUGGCAAAU